AAUCUUUACUAUAGAAUACAAGACUCAUUUGUGCCUCUUUAAUACCAUGGCUUUGCCUGUCUUCUCCCGAGCUCUGUUUCUGUUGCUCUUUCUUUUUCCCAUCACCCAUCAAUCAUCCCCCUCUUCAGAGGAAGAAUGCUCUAGAACUAGUGGCAGACAGCGGUCGUUCAAACUAGUGACCGAUGGCUGCAACUUCACACUGAACGAAAAGCAGAAGGUGGAGAUUCAGGCCAGCACCACCGUGUUGGUGGUCCCUUUCCUCUACCUUGUGGCCUUCAUUGUGGGCCUCCCUGCUAACCUGCUGGCCUUAUGGGUUCUGCUUUUUCGCACCAAGAAAAUGCCCUCUACAAUUCUGCUGAUCAACCUCACAUCCUGCGACCUCAUGCUCCUUCUGGUGCUCCCAUUUCGGAUUGUCUACCACUUCUCAGGGAAUGACUGGAGCUUUGGUGAGGCCUUCUGCCGGAUGAUCACAGCUCUCUUUUAUGGGAACAUGUACGGUUCAGUGUUGUGCCUGAUGCUGAUUGCCAUGGACCGCUACGUAGCACUAGUGCAUCCGUUUGGCGCUAAGACAUUCCGGAGCCAGCGUACCUCCUUCUUCAUGAGUCUUUCUGUCUGGGUUGUCGUGGCAGCCGCCAUGGCGCCCCUGUUAGCCUCGCGCCAGUCGUACCUGCUGAAUGAACCGCCCAUCACAACAUGUCACGAUGCGCUGCCAGCAGAAGAGCAAGAGAAGUUUUUCAUGCCCUACUUCAUCACACUUUUCUCUGUUUUUUUCCUGCUACCGCUGGUUCUCAUCCUGUUCUGCUAUGGCGCUGUGGUUUACACACUCGUAACCGGAGGCCGUCGCUUCGCUCACGCUAUCGGUGUGACUGUGCUGGUGCUUCUAGUCUUCAUUGUUUGUCUGCUGCCCAGUAAUCUACUACUGCUGCUGCACUACUCAGAUUCCUACCUGACUGGUGAUGGGGAUGACCUCUAUGUGCCCUAUAUGAUCAGCCUGGCAGUCAGCACCUUCAACAGCUGCUUUGACCCUUUCAUCUUCUACUACGUUUCCGAGGAUUUCAGAGGGAAAGUUCGGCAAGCGUUGUGUUGCCAAAAGGCUAGCGCUGACUCAUCUUCAGGGCACCAGGCAUCCUACUCAGGAACAAAGGUCACCCUCCUGUCAAAGUCCAUAAGGACCACUGGGUCCACAGAAAAUGUAGAAGCAUGAUUACCUGGCCAGUAUAAGAGGGGAGUUAAUGCUUGUUGUUAGCUACUCCUCAUUUACAGGAAAAAGCUUAGC